AUGCCACGGCCUCAAGAUGAAUCGUCUACGGAACCGAUUCAGGCGCUGCCCGCCGCGGCCCCCGCCGCAAAGUUCUCUUAUAUGAGGCAUUCGACCUCGACGAUUGAGCCCUUCCCCACGUCUCCUUCGGAAUCAUCGCUCGUCUUUCGAAACUCGAACCCCUCCAGAGCCUCUUUAUACGCCUCGACAUUAUCCCCUCCGGGGUCAAGGUCCAUGUCGCCAGCGGGGCGGGGAUCUCCAUCGAGAGUCCUGUCAAGCACUGUAUUCGACAUAGGCCAGAAUCGUGUGUUGCCAGAGAAUGUUGGGGAUGAUCCCGGCGAACCACUGAAUCUGAUUCUCAGAUCGUUUGUGCCUCAUGUAUCUGUCUGUGCCUCGCGGGACACAGAGGCUUUAAUUCGUGAAAAGGGUUUCCAAAAUGGAUUGUGGGAGCUAUUGCGGCCGUUUGGGGAGAAUAUCCAAGGAAAGGUAAAUAUCAGGGAUAGCAACGGUGUUGGGCGAAUAUUUGAAGACUUUUCUAUACGAUUUACACGGUUCGGCGAAAACAUAGAGCGUCCAGAUGCGCUAUCGUCUGGUUCUCAGCAAGCUCCGCCGCCGCGAAAUCCCAACGGAGCGCAGGAAAGAGGUGCCGGCAACAGAUCGGCCAUAAACGAUAUCGAAAGCGUUGUUGAGCGACAUCUUUCUUAUGCAGAGGAAUCGUUUCUCGGAAUGCCGCACAAGAGUAUCAUGAUGAAAUAUGGCUCGGAUUCUGAGGCUGCUUCACCAUACUAUGCUUUGUAUUUACGACGAUUGCUUUCAGGAUUGCCCAUCUCGGCGCACGAAACCUUUGCUCAUCCCGUAGCUUGCAUCAUAGCUAUCAGCUCCCGCAAUCCCGCUCCUAUAGAAGAGCUACGGAGACUGUACUCUGAAACCAGCCAAGGCGAGAAGAAAUUGCCCUCGUGGGUAGAUGGAGAUUACCUAAGAUACUAUGUUUUGGUCCACGAUGAGGAGAAUGAUGACAUUACGAGAUCUAUGGGCUUAUUUGAGCAAAUGAAGCGGCACCUCGGACUUCAUUGCCACCUAUUGAGGCUACGAUGUAGCCAGAGUGUGGAAACCGACGACGAUAGCAUCCCUCUCCCCCGAAGCGAUUGGAUGUCUGCACCCGAAGAGUUGGCAGAGAUUCGGCGAAGCGAAAACGAUGAGGAUUUUGAGGAUCCAUCACGAUACAUUUUUGAAUCAGAUGCUAUUGCCAUCCGCACGUUUGUGCGCGAAAUGCUAAUGCAGUCGAUUAUCCCCACUAUGGAACGCCACGCCACGAUCUGGAACGACCAAGUUGCCUCUAAGCGUAGGGGAAUCACAGGAAGAUUUAUGAGCUUAUCAAAAAGAUGGACAGGGUUCGGCAGCAGCUCGCGGUCCUCAUCCAGCAGCAAUAGCAUCAGCAUCAAUACCAGCAAGGACGGCUAUGAUCCCUCGGGUUUCUACCGUGCCGAUACAUCUGAAGCCAUCAUGCGAAAGCUGGCUGAUUUUGCCUUUAUGUUGCGCGACUGGAAACUAGCCCAUUCGACCUACGACCUCUUACGAUCCGAUUUUAGCGAGUCAAAAGCUUGGAAAUACCACGCCGCAACCAACGAAAUGGCUGCUAUUAGCCUGCUUCUCAUGCCGCAGCAAUUGACAUCUAAGAGCCGCGCGGAGACCGUGGAUCAGAUGCUAGAAUCGGCAUUCUAUUCCUAUAAUACACGGUGUAGCUCUCCAUAUGGCGCAACGAGGACUUUGAUUCUGGCCCAGGAGCUCCUACGACUAAGAGGAGGCUCCAGUAUCGAUGAUGCCGCACGAUGGUGCACUCGCCUACUCGAAACAAAGGUCCUGGGUAGGAUUGGAGAUGCUUUGGUCAAAGAGCGGUUAGCAAUCUGCUAUGCCUCCAAGCUAGGUGUCGGCAGUUGGAGUUGGGGUAGUCGGCGGAGAAAGUCAGCAGCUUGGAGCGUCUUUGCUGCCAGAGCCUGGGCACAACAAUCCAAGCACAUUCCGGCUCAACGGUGCCUGAAUGAAGCCAAGAAAAUGUACGAAACGCUGCCUCACGGACAGGGCAUAUCGCGCUUCGCAAGCGCUCGAGAAACCAUGGACUCGCUACAGCGUGAGCUGACAGAGAAGCUGGAAUACCCGGCUGGGCAUGGCCGGGGCGUACCAGAAGACGCGAUUGACGAUACCAUAGACGAAGAGAGCGAGGCGUUGACUGAUAUGCGCUCAAGGAGAGCAAGCAAUCUGGCCCGCGGCGGAGCUUUGGAAACGGCGCCCCUGCACAAUGAGGAAAUGAGCAAAGAUACCAAUGAAGAUAUAGAUAAAGAAGGCUUUGAAUAG